AAUCGCUGGCCAAAGGUCAGGAACUUCCUGCUUUAAAAAAAAAAUUGAAAGAGUUUGUGUGAUUUGUUUACUUUACUGAACUUUGCACGUUUGUUUCCCUGAGACAAAAACUGAACACUGAAAUGUCAUCAGUGAAACAAGAAGUUUCAGAGCUCUCUAUACCGGUCCCAUGGGGAGAGAUCAGAGGCAAAGCCUGGGGUCCUGAACACGGCCACCCGGUGCUGUGCCUGCAUGGCUGGGCAGAUAACUGCGGUUCAUUCAACACGCUCAUUCCCUUCUUACCUAAAGAGUGCAGAUAUGUGGCAGUGGACAUGCCAGGACACGGUCUGUCAUCUCACCGGCCUCCUGGAGUCUUCUAUUCAUUUCCUGCGUAUGCAGCAGACGUACGCAGAGUUGCUGAAAGUCUCAGCUGGACAAAGUUCUCCAUCAUGGGUCACAGCAUGGGUGGCAACAUCACCGUCAUGUUCAGCGCAUUGUAUCCUGAGAUGGUGGAUGGCAUCAUAGUGCUGGACGUUUUUGGAUUUGUACCUACAGAUCCGAAAGAAAUUCCCCGAAUCAUGAGGCAGGGGAUGGAGGAGAUGCUCAAGUUUGAAAAAAAGGCAGAAGAGAAGAAGAGGGUUUACACGUACGAGAAGGCAGUGGAGAGGCUGUUGGCUGCAAACCCGACUCUGUCUGAACGGUCUAUUCAAACGCUUUUAGAGCGAGGCCUGACUCAAGUUGAAGGAGGAUUUGUGUUCUCCAGAGACCUCCGAGUUAAUUUUAAAAACAUAGAGCGGAUCACUUUGGAGCAGAGCCUGGAGAUGCAGUCGCUGAUUCAAGCUCCUGUUUUACUUAUCCUAGCUGACAAAGGUUUCAGUCCAGCAUCUAGAGAAUCGAGCCAGAAACUCACUUCGAAACUCCUCCAAGUCUAUCAGGAAAGAAAUGACACUGUGGUGAGAGUACCUGGCAGUCAUCAUGUGCAUCUUGAUAAUCCUGAAGUCGUCGCUCCAUUUAUUUGUGACUUCCUGCAGACCAAAGUGCUCUCACAGCAGGUGAAAGCCUAGUGGACAAGAUGUAACCAUCACACACUCACAUUCUCCAUGUGAAGUUUCACACUUCAAAAGUCUCAGUGCACUGUUUUCGUCUCUCUUAGAGCUCACAUUACCAUAAAAUUGUUCCAGUAAUUUGUUCUGCUCUGUACAAACCCAACUGUAGAGUCAUUUGGAAUAAUAAUACUGAAUAAAAAAAUUAAAAAAAACAUGAUUUAUGAAACUAGACUUUUUCAAUCUUUUGCAGUUUUUGUAGAAAUGGUGUAUCUAGCUCAUUAGUUAUAUAAAGGACCAGGACAGAAGUGUUUCUCUUUAUGUCGCUGUAAAGAAGCACUCCUGAAAUGUUUCCAUGUAUUAAUCCAUCCAUUUACAAGAAAAUAACAGCAAUUUCAGCAAAAUAUAUCAGUUUUCUCUCAUUCAGCCCGUCAAGUGUCAUUACAAAGAAAAGAUGCGGCUAGGCUCUUUGGCUUAACCACCUCAACUUUGGAGUGGUACUGCAGCCUGUGACUAAUGCCAUUGUCUGCAAGAAGGCUCUAAAUCUGAUGGUGAUUCAGACCUAACCCUCUCAUGAUGUGACCCAUUAUUCCUGCAACAUAACUCUUCCUGGUGCAGUAAAAAAUCCAAAGAGGAUGCCCCCCUCCUCUGUGAUUGUCGCACUUUGCAAAGCCAUGCAGUGGCUAGGCUGGACUGGAUCCUAAAAUGAGCCAGUCCAGGUGACACCAACGCUUUGUAAAGUCAUUUAACACCUCCUCACGUCAACCUUUUUUUGAUUGUGAUUAGUUGUUGUCAUAUAAAGGCAUCUUCUGAUUUAAUUUUCUGUUUCAUGUAAAUACUUCGGCAGUAGUUUGUUCUGUUGUCGUAUUGCUUCUGUCAGGCGCUGAAUGCCAUCUACAUCUCGAUGAGCAUCAGCCAACUGUGAAAACAUGGGGCCGGGAACAAAAAGCCAUUUAGACGUUUUAACAUAUUGCCAUGCAUUGUGGUUUUGUGGCAGUCUGCUUGAGUUUUCAGUGCAGUCGCAUGUGUGUAAAAAGCCCCGAACUGAAUAAAAUUCCUCUGCGUGUAACUUAUGCAGCGAGGAAGUCACAGUUCAUCGCUUCUGUUUAUGUGAGGCUGAUCUGUUUAACUGCUGCUUUUCAUGAAUCUGGUGGCGGCGCUGAGUGAUGCUAAAAAUGGCAGUCAUUAAAAAAGAUGACAUCCUCUGACAACUGGAUAUGUAGGCCACCCUCUGCUCAGAUUUUUUGACUUUAAAAAAAUAAAUAAAAAAAUAAAUAAAAUCUGACUGUCUUAAACACUUCAGCUGCUGUCAGUCAGAGCAGAUAUGAAAGGAGUCCCUCACACAGAGAUGGCUCCCUCUCUCUCAAUGUCACAUAAACUGUGUGAUGGCCUUGGUGUUAAAUGGAGUGGAAUUGAUUUUACGCAGCGCGUAGCAAGGCAGCGAGCAUCCACAGACAUCUGAAGGGCUUGUCCCCCUCCACCAGCAAAACCCCCACACCUACCCACCCUCCUCAAAAAUGAUUAUAGUUAUAUAAGUUUCCCUCCCACUCCCGCCGUCGUCAUGGCAACCCCCACCCCUCCUUUUUGAACGUCAGAGCCGGGAGCUGGAGGAUGAAGCCGCAUCCAGCUUCAGCAUCUCGUGCCUCUCAGAGAGCACCUGUGAUUAUUUUGCAGAGGAGGAGCAGCUGCUGCAGCGACGGCGAUCAUCUAAUGAGAGGUUCGGACUCUGGGCUGCUCUUCGUCGCUUAAAAAAUCGCCACCGAUCGAGCAGCGUCUGCAGCCGGUAUGUCGUGGUUAUUCUUGGACUGGUUCGUCCCACUCUACUUGCUGGUGUCGGUGUUGGUGCUGGCAGGCUUCGGAGCGUGCCUGUACUUCCUAGAGCCCGGGUUGCAGGAUGCCCACAAGUGGAGCAACAAAACAGUCCGGCAUCACCCGCUGGUGGCCAGUGUGAACUGCAGAGAUGACGAUAGCAAUGCCCUGAUAUGAUCAAGAGGGCGAGGCGAAGCGGGAGGGCGGCUGACCAUCUGGACAGGGGUGCUGCCGCCGGGACACCCGUGGGAUGGGAGCCAACACCCAAACGACCGUGGAAGAAAAAUGGGAGAGAAAGGACGAGAAAGGAGGGGAAGAUUAUCUGUUGUCUGAUAAUGCAAACCCUGUUCUAUAUCAUUCCAACUUUUCUCUGAUCUCUGCUGAUUUUCGUUGUAGAGGUGAGAGAAAAGUAAAGCAGAGGUGUUUUUAACGUUCUUAAAAAUAAAAAUAAAAAAAGAAGAAGAAAAAUAAAAAUAAAAAAAAGCCAGAUGCACAAUGCGAAGAAGACUGUAUCCAGAAAGAGAUCGUGAGGUGAUUGGAGGAAGUGUUGCCCUUUAGAAAUGUGUUUGUAAAUUUCACGCCAUCCUAUACUUGUGCCAAGUUUUACAUGCAUUUUGUAAUUUUGACAAUCACUUUGCAUAUCUCAUAAAGUUUACUUACAUUGUGCAUUUAAUUAGCUGAAGUGAGCGACAUAAGUGCAAUGACUUUCCUGCCAGCGGGGAGGGUUUUUAAUCCUCUCUCUGAAGUCGGCGUGGCAGCUGCUCAGACGCAUGUGGAUUGUUUAGUGCCGCUGUGCCAAAACGGUGUGUUAUUCGUGACUUACUUUAAACUGUUAUGUACCCAAUAAAUGCAACUGAUUCAUUUAAGGUGCCAAGAUUAUCAUAGAUGGACCAAGACGACUGACAAAUAGCCUAGUAUUUGGUAAAGUGUUUUUUUUUUCUUUGCUUUGUUUGUUUUCAUUGUUUUUACUUGACAGCAUGGUGAGAAACUGUGGGUGUGUAACGACCCUCUUUUAAGAAUCAUAUGCUUCCUUUGUUCAUACAAAAAUAAAACUGCUCAGUCCUCA